GAGGUGUGUGUUGUGGGGGGUAAAGGAUAUAUAGAGACCUCAUCCUUACAUAUGAGUUACUAUUAACAUACUCAUCUAGCUCACAUUGACACACACUGACAUACAAACACCACUCGCAAUAAAUCAGAUUCCUGCACACAGAGGAAGGAAGAGAGUGGAGAGGAAAAGACAGGGAUGCUCUUAGCAGGUGCCAAAAACUGAGUUGAGAGAGAGAGACAGUGGCAUGGAGGACUAAAACAUUCAGUCAGGUUUUAAAAGCUCCACGAACUAUUAUUGCGGUGCAUUUGGGGCCAUUAUCAGUUGCACCAUGCUGUGCUCCUCUGUAUUUGUGGUGCUUCUAAUCCUUCUGGCCAAUCCGGUGCCAGGCCACACCCGAACCCUUCACACACCUGACAAAGCCAUGCAGGUCAUCGAGCAGUUCCUUGAGCGCUACAAUGACCUUUUGACCCUUGAUGAUCUUGAGAACCUCACGAGUGACCAGUCAGAAGAGCCCAUGCAGACCUUCAGCUCUGGGCUAAAGGGAGCAGAAUACCCCAAGUGGAUUGACAUACCUGUGCAGAGUGAGAAUGCCUGGCUCCGCCUCUUGAAGGGGGCUUUGGCCAAUCAGAAGCGAGCUCCACCAGACCGGUUACGGAGGGGUUGGAACCGAGGCUGUUUUGGCCUGAAACUGGAUCGGAUCGGCUCUAUUAGUGGCCUUGGCUGCUAAUAAUGAACUGAGAGACAGACCGAGAUGAUGAGAUGACUGUUGUCCCUCUUAGCUUUAGAUAGAGGUCAUUACCGAAUUCUAGUCAGGUUUGGAUCCUGUGAAAAGAGUUCUACAAAAGUUAGGUGGACAAAUUCAUUAUAUUGUGCAUUUCAAUAUACUUAUUUUUACAUUGGAUUUGAAGUGAGUUGUUGCUUGUAUAUUUAAUUUAUUUCUUAAUGAAGGUAGCAAGAAUUAAGUGUUUACUUUUUUCCUUGAGAUGUAGAUGAGAUACAGUCAUUUUGAUAAUCUGAUAGUAAUUUACUAAUAAGUAAAGAUCUUAAAGUAAUGUCUCAGAUAGCCUAAUGCAUGAUUUACAGAACAUAAACAUAUACUGCUCCCCUUCUGUGCUUUUUGCAUGAAUAAAAUUUCUGCCACAUCAA